GAAUCUCUUUUACCGAUAUUAUACAGAGAAAAGUCUUCGGAUAUCCAUUUUUUCUCUGAGCCUUUCCUCCCGAAAAAAGAAAAAGAAGACAAGAUCCUUGAUGGUCAAAAAGCCCAGAGUCCACCAGCAUCAAUUUCACCAAUACGAUCACAGCCAGUUGCACUGCCUGAAGCUGUCACACCAAUAUCACCUGUAAAACCACCGUCAACAGUACCCUUAGAAUCAAUUUCUCCACCUCUUGCCCCCUUGCCUAUUUGUUCACAGCCUUUACCCACCACUGAAGCCUCUGUUACACCUCCAGCAGAGCCACCGGUGUGUUUUCAGCCAAUCCCAGCUUUUACUUCUACUCCUUUAGCCAAACUUGCUCUAAAAAGUCAAGAUGGGCAGAUGGAGAAACUGGAAAGUCCCAACACAACAGAAGAGAUUUUGAAAAGGAAUAAUCUUGUGGAGGAAUUCUGGAUGAAGAGUGCUGAAAUCCGUAGGAGUUUAGGCCUCACUCCUGUCAAUAGAAGCAGGGGGUCAGACCCAAACUUUACCUACUCACCCCUAGAAUGUGCUCCUCUUAAAUUAUAUAAUUCUGACGUGGGGCCAGAAGAAAAGGGAAUCCAUCCUGUCAAACCACCAAAGGUAAUCAUGCCAAAGUUGGAUAAGGAACAAUUCUCCUUGCUGACACCAACCUCCCAAUCAGAGAAAGAGCUGAAAAACUCAAAGGAUGUGAAAAGAGAUCUCUCCAGCAGUUCAGGACUGGGACUUCAGGGUAGUUCAUCCAACAUGAGGACAUUGGCCAGCCAAAGUUUCAACACAUCGGAUUCCACCAUGCUCACUCCUCCGUCUAGCCCUCCUCCGCCACCACCUCAAAACGAAGAACCAGCAACGUUGCGAAGAAAAAGGCACCAGGCGAUUUGGCAGAAGGAAUCAGAGCCCAUACAGACACCUCAGGUGGCACCGGCCAAUGAAAGGAUCCGACCCACCAGAAGUUCCUCUCAACCACCCAGAGAGGAGGUGAGGAAGUCAUUUGUUGAGAGUGUGGAUGAAAUACCGUUUGCUGACGACGUAGAGGACACUUACGAUGACAGAACAGAGGAUACCAGCCUGAAUGAAAAAUACUACACUCCACCUAGCAAGCCAAGGCCCGAGAAGCCUCUUCAACUGCAUGGGGUUAAGGGAAAUGAUAGGUCAUCGUCCAGUGAAGGAGGAAAGAGAGGCCUUCCUCAGGUCUCUGCUGAAGCUAAGGAGUUAGCUGAGGAAAGGAUGAGGGCCAGGGAGAAGUCUAUCAAAAGCCAGGCCUUACGGGACGCGAUGGCUAAGCAGCUCAGCAGGAUGAAAGAUCUGGAGAUGACCAGCAGUGCUCUGGCUGCAAAAUCGCACAAAGCAUCUACAGCACCCUCAAAGACCAAAGAAUUCGCUUUAGACCCUUCAAAGCAUCCCACUGGCAAAACCAGCCAAGGCCCUACUCUGAAGCACCACGCUAGCAGCGAGAGGUUCUUCCCUCCGUUAACGGACAUUAGUGGUCACGAUGGGUCUAUCACAUCGUCCGAAGGCUCCGGCGGGAAGAAUAAAAAAAGGUCUUCUCUCUUCUCUCCCCGGAAGAACAAAAAGGAGAAGAAGUCAAAGAAUGAAAAUAAGCAAUCUGACAAAUCCAGCAGCGCAGCUGAGGAAUCCACAAAGCCCAAAUCCCUUUGGAAGUCUGUUUUCUCCGGUUACAAGAAAGACAAGAAGAAAAAGGCAGAUGACAAAUCUUGCCCCAGCACACCUUCCAGUGGGGCCACGGUGGAUUCUGGGAAGCAUAAGGCAUCUCCAUUGGUUAGAGCAGCAGAUCUGCAACUGCGCCAACACUUAAGCUUCUCCGAGGAUUCUGAUCUCUCCAAUGAAGAUGUCUUAGAACGUUCCUCACAGAGAUCUAAACGAGAGCACAAAGCGUACACGGAGGAGGAACUCAACGCCAAACUGACCAGGCGAGUACAGAAAGCCGCUCGUCGUCAAGCCAAACAAGAAGAACUGAAGAGGUUACACAGAGCCCAGAUCAUCCAAAGACAAUUAGAGCAGGUUGAAGAGAAGCAAAGGCAGCUGGAGGAGAGGGGAGUUGCAGUGGAAAAAGCCCUCCGGGGUGAAGCAGUUGAGCCCAAUGCCGGGACACCACGCCGUAGACCUCUCUCCUUCUGUCCUUGCUGUGCCCAUGAAGGCAUGGGGAAGAAGGAUGACCCUAAGCUGAUGCAAGAGUGGUUCAAACUGGUACAGGAAAAGAAUGCCCUGGUGCGCUAUGAAUCGGAGCUGAUGAUAUUUGCACGCGAGUUAGAAUUAGAGGACAGGCAGAGCCGGCUACAGCAAGAGCUUCGAGAGAGGAUGGCAGUGGAAGAUCAGCUGAAGACAGAUGAAGAACUCUCGGAGGAGAAGAAGAUCUUGAAUGAAAUGCUGGAGGUGGUGGAGCAAAGAGAUUCUCUUGUGGCUCUGCUUGAAGAGCAGCGCCUCCGAGAGAAGGAGGAAGACAAGGAUUUAGAAGCGGUUAUGCUGUCCAAAGGCUUCAACUUGAAUUGGUCCUGAGCGCAUCACCAUGACUGGUUGCUUAUUCUGCAUUGUCCAUUUGGCCUGUGCCAAGUCAGAUGGAGCUGCCUGGUUAGAGGAGACACCUUGGAGCAGGAACUGCUUCAGGAAUCUUGCAGCAGCUAAGUGCUUGAGCCAGGAGCUUCCUGCUUAAGAGGGUUGCUUGUAAGGAUUCAGAGUCCUGGGUGAGGCUACCGAGCCGAGAACGAAGUCGUGAUCUGAGAUUGCGUGCCUUCCCUGAGGACCUGUGCAAGAGGUCAAUGUCUUUGUGUGUGUGUAGGUGGGUGUGUGAGAUCUCCGAGAGAGACUAAAAAUGAAAAUAUUUUGUGUGAUUAUUUUUUUUUUAAAGAACUUUAACCGAUUUAGGUGGGCCAUAACCUGUUCAUUUCAUAUUUACCCAACCUGUGGUAUUAAUGGAUUUUGUUCAUUUAAAUAACGAAAGGAAAGGAGUGUCAAAUUGAUCUUCUGAAAGGUCACCUUUGUAGCAGCCUCUGGGAGAGCAAACCACUCACAAAGCACACUGUGUAGAUGCUCUUCUCACCAAAGAAAUCCGAAACUGCCACUGUGGUCCAGGUAUGGAGGAACAUCCAUAUCUGAAGGUUGACGGGAGACUUGGAACACUAAGAACUUGAAAUGUGGUUUUUUUGUGACUUCCAGAAAAACAGGAACAGAGGCAGACUCUCCCCCUCCCCUUCUCUGCAAUCUCCACGUGUUGCCAUUGUUCCGAGCAGAUGCAGCAUGCAAACUUUUUUUUCCUUUCGGCCACAAAGUGCUCCGGACUGAAAGAAGCUGCUUCCCGUUGUUUGAUGACCUUGGACUACUCUAUUGUGAACUCGAUGAGUUGGACAUUUGGACACUGGAAGGUGCUUGUUAUCAAAAGAUGGUUUCAUUCAGAAGCAUUUUGGAGGGGUUCUCAUGGGGAUCGUUCUCCAGCAUCAAAUUUUCCAAGAGUGGGCUGGAAAGUAGGUUUUUGAUUCUUUGUGUUUGUGGGAAUAUUUUUUUUCCUUUUUCUUUUCUUUUUUUUUUCCCCUUUGCACAUCGGAAAUGAAGCAGAAGACCUAUCCUGGCCCUUUAGUCACUUUAGAGCCUUUAAUGUCCAUUAACUUAUUUUUUAAUACUUGAAAGAAAAAUUGGUUUUUGUACCUUUUUAAGAAGUGAACAGAUGAGUGUGUGGUAAAUCUGUGUGCCAGCCCGACCUUUGUGUGUUUAAUGCUUUCCCUUCUUCCCUGUAUCUAUUUAUUAGAGUCAUUAUUAAUGAUAUUACUGUUACACAGUACAUUUGAUCUGAAAGAAAGAUGCUUUUAAUUUCCAGA